AUACAAAAGCGAAAGCUUGCUUGCUUUGUAUUCUCUAUCCUUCAAUUUCCAUCCAACAUUCUCAUCCCUACCUAAUCCUUUCUCUGAUUUCCAAGAAAUCUCUGCCUGUGAAUCUCUCUUUCCCGUAGCGAAGAUGAUGCACAUGACCUUGUACUGGGGAAUCAAGGUAACCCUUUUGUUCGAUUCUUGGAAAACCGAUUCAUGGCCGAGUUACCUUCUCUCCUUACUCGCCUGCUUCCUCCUCUCUUCCUUCUACCAAUACAUGGAAGAUCGACGCAUCCGGUUUAAAGCCCUUGCCUCCUCCCGCUCUCGCCCAUCGUCGCUGGAUGUUCCCCUUUUGCGCUCCAAAGGUCGUUUCAGUCCAGCAAAAUUCGCUGCCGCCAUUCUAUUUGGGGUCAACUCGGCGAUCGGAUACCUACUGAUGUUGGCGAUAAUGUCUUUUAACGGCGGUGUAUUCUUGGCAAUUGUUUUGGGGUUAUCCGUUGGGUAUUUAUUGUUUAGAAGUGAAGAUGACGGGGUCGUAGUGGUGGAGGAUCCCUGCGCUUGUUCUUGAAAAUUUCUGGCUUAUACCCUCUUUGUUUCAAUGGUUGAAUUCCUGCAAAUCUGUUGUCUUAGCCUUGUGUCUUUGUGAUUAUCACAUGAUAGGUGAAUUUAUUGUUGUGGGUUUUUCAGAUCUGAAUCGUCUUCUUUGUGAAAUUUUUUAUAUGAAUUCGAUUGCUCAUGAUUCCUAUUUCUAUUCACAGAACAGAGCUUAUGGCUUGCUUCUUGUUUCCAAUGUAAGUUUAUCUCUUUCUACAGCUUUUGGAAAGAAAUCAUAAUUGGAUUGAUGUGUUCCUUUCUUGCUCUA